AUGGAUUCAACUCUUAAAUAUCCAAAAACGUUGGUUUAAUUAGAUUCCUUCACGAUAGUAGGAAUUUAAAGAAAUAUUCUCCAAAAAGAUGAAUUGGAUCCAUAAAAGGCUCAGAUUGGAAGAACCUUUGAUGAAUACUAUUCAAAGCAGCUCUAUGAUUAGAUUCCAAAUCGUUUAAAUCCAAUGAGAACUCAUUGCUUAUAUUUUGAAUUGUCGGAUGGGUAGGAUUGGUAAGAAAUGAAAUACAAAAUUGUUGUUGGGGAAUAGGUAAGUUAAGUUAAAAAUGUACCAGAAGGAAUGGUUAGCAUAAAAGUUCCAGCUCAUCAUUUUUGUCGUUUUGAUUGUGGCCCAGGUCCAAUUCCAGAUGUAGUAAUUGAAGCUUGGCAAUCUUUGGGCAAAUUGAAUCCAGAAGAAUUUGGAGGAGAUCGUACUCAUGAUUUUGAAUUGGAAGUGUACCCAGAGGAUCAAUUAGAUAGGAAUUCAAUGAAAUUUCAUUUAUAUAAUAGGAAUAUAAUGAAUAACAAUUUAAGUGAACAGGAUAACUUUUGUUUUUCAUAGAGUAUAUUCGGUUUAUUUCCUUUUUUUGUUCCAAUUUUACCAAAAAGGAAAUUGGCUCAAGAUUUUGUUCCUUUAAGACUUUAUUAGUGA